CCGAAACUAAUUUCGUGCUGCGACAAGGAGGAAGUAAGGGGGGUAGGGGAGGUAAAGGGGGUUGUUGUUGUUGUUGUUGUUGUUGUUGUUGUUGGUGGUGGUGGUGGUGGUGGUGGUAAGCAGGUACCAAGGGUCAGAUCAUGCCCCGGAUAUGGUAAUUGA